AUGGCGAGCCCCGGUCCUCGACGUGACGCUUCAACUCGCAUCCAGAAGCCAGACACAAGCUUUGAUCGGUUAGCCGCUCUCAAAGCUCGGGUGGCAGCUGCGACGGGCGCCAGCAGGGCAAAUGGAACGAUAAAUUCUACGCUCGAAUACUCGAGGUCGCGAAACCCGUCUCCGAAUACUCGAGAUCUGUCCACAAAACUCGCACAAUCUCGCGCCCAGCAGCAUGUUGGACAAUCAUCACACCGUAUACCGGCUGUUAACAAUCACACAGUCGGGCAAGUCGUGCAGAAUGAUGUCGUCAAUAACCCAUAUCUAGACCAGCAUCUGGCGUAUCAAAGCGCCGGGGGCAGACCGCGAGAAUCGAGACGCUUAGUAUUCAAUCAAAAAGGGAAAUAUAUUCAGCAGGCAAAUGCCCUCCGCAGACAAGCAGCACUCGAAGCAAUGAAAAAACGCAUUGCAGAACAGACAAGAAAAGCAGGUAUCAAUGAAGACCUAGAUGUGGAGAAGAAUUUUGUGAUUGAGCAACCGCCAGUGGUCGAGUGGUGGGAUGAGGGACUCAUCGAUGGCAAUAGCUACGAGCAGGUUGAGUCUCUUGGUAGUCUCAGGUUAAUGACGCCUGACAGUAUCGUGACAGAGUACAUUCAGCAUCCCGUUGCGCUUCAACCACCCCAGGACCGUCACCUUCUAGAGAACAAAGCGAUGUUUCUAACGUCCAAAGAGCAAGCCAAAAUCAGACGCCAACGCAGAAUGACGGAGCUGAAAGAAAUGCAAGCGAAGAUCCGCCUUGGUUUGAUACCGGCGCCUCCCCCAAAGGUGAAAAAGGGGAAUCUAAUGCGGGUGCUGGGCGAUGUUGCCGUAAAGGAUCCCACGGCAGUCGAAGCAAGAGUGAAUCGCGAAAUCGCAGAGAGGCAUCAGACGCAUAUUAAAUCCAACGAAGAUCGAAAAUUAUCAAAAGAUCAGAAGAAGGAAAAGUUAUCUAAGAAUCAGCAGAGGGAUUCUGACAAGGGAAUCCACCUUUUGGUUUUCAAGAUUUCGAGCUUGGCAAAUGGCCAGCAUCGUUACAAGAUUGGAAUGAAUGCUACCCAGCUUGCUCUGUCUGGCAUCUGCAUCAUGCACCCCAAGUUCAAUUUGGUCAUCGUUGAAGGCGGCGCUUGGAGCAUCGGCAAAUACAAAAAGUUAAUGCUCAAUCGUAUCGACUGGACAGAGAAUUCACCUUCGAGAAGUAGAGAUGACAAACCCAACUCGGGAAGAGACUGGCUUCAAGCAGAAAAUCAAUAUGGGGCGCUCAAGGAUAUGUCGUUGAACGAGUGCAAGCUUGUAUUUGAAGGGGAGCAGAAGGCACGAGCUUUCCGAAGAUGGAGCAGUAAGGUGUGCGAAACUGAUGCGGAAGCCCGGGAGGCACUCGCUCGUGCGAAGUUAGAGACUUUCUGGUCAUUGGCAAAGGGCCUUCUAUGA